AUGGCCUCGGUGGAUUUCAAGACCUAUGUGGAUCAGGCAUGCCGAGCCGCGGAGGAAUUUGUCAAUGUCUACUAUACCACUAUGGACAAGCGGAGGCGUUUGCUGUCCAGGCUAUACAUGGCCACAGCCACCCUUGUGUGGAAUGGAAAUGCUGUUUCAGGACAAGAAUCCUUGAGUGAAUUUUUUGAAAUGUUGCCUUCCAGUGAAUUUCAGAUCAACGUAGUGGACUGCCAGCCUGUUCAUGAUGAAGCCACACCAAGUCAAACAACAGUCCUUGUUGUUAUCUGUGGAACUGUGAAGUUUGAAGGCAACAAACAGCGGGAUUUCAAUCAGAACUUUAUUCUGACAGCUCAAGCCUCCCCCAGCAACACAGUGUGGAAGAUUGCAAGUGACUGCUUCCGGUUCCAGGACUGGGCCAGCUAG